AUGUCAGCUCCACUGCCCCAUCAAGAGUUCAAGCAGGAGGCCUACUACUCCCCCACUUCAGCAGAGCUCUACACUCGCGCGCAAGUCCUCGCCUCGGGAGCAGGACGGGGGCCUGCCUCGGCCCACCACACUUCGUCCUCCACUGCUAUAACUCGUCUCCCCCCUAUCCUACAGGUGGAGAAGAAGCAGGUUACCACAUCCGCAACCCAGGUAGCGAGCGAAAGCAGGCGGAGGAAUGAGGCUCGUUUCUUAUGUCCAGUACCGGGUUGUGGGAGCACGUUUACGCGUCGAUUCAAUCUGACAGGACAUCUUCGAUCCCACACCAAGCAACGCCCGUAUGUGUGCGAGUACCCCCAUUGCAAGAAAGACUUUGCAAGACAGUAUGACUGCAAGCGACAUCAAGCACUUCAUGUCACGCGCUCGCAAUCCAACAUCUGCCAAGGCUGUAAGAAGGCCUUCAGCCGCCUGGAUACCCUAAACGUAACUCCUCUAUACCGUCAUCAAUGCAUAUCCGCUGACGUCGAUCCCCUUCUGUUUCUCUUUAGCGGCAUUGUAAGUGGCAAUUUUCCUGCGUUCUCGAGAGUUCACUACUCACUGUUACACGGUGUAGUUCACUCCGAGAGAGGUUUUAAAUGCAGACAGAUUGUAGAAACUCAGCAGCAGGCCGCGGCACAUGCUCAAGCAACCAUACAGGCUCACAGUCCUCCACUAGCUGACCACCGCUGUCAAUUAAUCAACACGCAUGGAUUGAUGCGACUCCCAGAACGCUUUUAG